UUCUAAAACAUUUAAUAGCAUCAGUCAUGUCUCUCAGGGGUUUUAUAUUUUGCUGUUUGAUUGCAAUUAGCAUAGCACAGGAUGAGACUAAUAAUAAGUUUUUUCCUGAAGACUUCCUGUUUGGUGCAGCCACAGCUUCCUAUCAAGUAGAGGGUGCAUGGGAUGAAGAUGGCAAAGGUGAAAAUAUUUGGGAUCGCUUUACGCACUCUUAUCCUGAAUUAAUUGCUAAUAAUGACACAGGUGAUGUAGCUUGUGAUUCUUAUCACAAGUACAAAGAAGACGUGGCUAUGUUGAAAGAAUUAGGUGUUGAUUUUUAUCGAUUUUCUCUAUCCUGGUCAAGGAUACUUCCUACAGGGUUUGUAAACAAAAUUAAUCUUCCCGGAGUGACGUACUACAAGAACCUAAUCAAAGAACUAAAAGACAACGGCAUCGAGCCCCUGAUCACCAUAUACCACUGGGAUCUGCCGCAACCCUUGCAGGACUUAGGAGGAUGGACAAGCGAGGUCAUGGUAGAAGCUUUCGCUGAAUACGCUAGACUAAAUUUCGAACUCUUUGGAGACAACGUAAAAUACUGGUUGACAUUUAACGAACCCAUACAAACUUGCCUAGUAGGUUAUGGUCAAGGGUAUUUUCCCCCACGAAUUGCAUCGCCAGGAAUAGGAGAAUAUAUAUGUACUCAUCAUGUACUCAAGGCUCAUGCUAGAACUUGGCAUAUAUAUGACCAAGAAUUCAGAGCUACACAGAAUGGGCAAGUAUCAAUCACUAUUCCUGUUGGUUGGGAGGAACCCGCAUCUGACAGUGAAGAAGAUAUAGCUGCUGCUGAAAGAGCAUUACAAUUCAUUUAUGGAUGGUACGCAAAUGCUAUUUACAACAGCGACUACCCAGAAAUAAUGAAGACCCGCAUUGCAGAACGUAGUUUAGCUGAAGGCUUCAACCAGUCCCGUCUUCCAGCAUUCACCGACGAAGAAAUCGCCUACAUUAGCGGCACUUUCGAUUUCAUGGGUAUCAAUAUGUAUACUUCGUCCAUAGCAGAAGCUAUGGACGAAGUACCAAUCGGAGAACCAAAUUACAAUUACGAUUUAGGUGUUAAAAACUACCAAUCAGAUGAUUGGGAGUCAUGCUCCGCUUCUUGGUUGAAGGUUACCCCAUGGGGAAUGAGAAAAAUUUUAAACUGGUUUAAGAAGACAUACAACAAUCCAAAAAUUAUAAUCACAGAAAAUGGUAUCGCAGAUGACGGUUCCACCUUAGAAGAUGAUCAGAGAGUCCGUUACUACAGGGAUUAUCUCAGCAAUGUAAGAAGUGCUAUGGAAGAUGGAGUGAAUGUAAUUGGCUACACUGCAUGGAGUCUUAUGGAUAACUUCGAAUGGCUUGGGGGUUAUACGCAAAAAUUCGGCCUCUUCCUUGUAGACUUCGACAACAUUAAUAGGACUAGAACGCCUAAAUCAUCUGCGGCUUACUACAAGAAAGUUGUUGAGACCCAUUGUUUAGUAGACACCUGUGAGGCAUAAGCAAAUGUUUAAAUAUCUUGUUUUAUAGUUAUUUUCUAAUGAAACGAAAGAAAAUCACAAUAUUUUUUUAAUUACAAAAAUCCAUCAGUUGUAAAAUUUUAGAAAAAUUAUGAAAGUAGAAUAUAAUACACAAAAUUCCUGCAAUUA